GUUCUGGGUUCGUUUUUCAGAAAUAAGGAAGAACUGGUUGCCCGUGUCCCUCCUGAAUAAAGUGGUUUAACACUUCGCCGCGUUUACUUCAUUCUCCUUCCAACGAAAAUGUUGAGCGACGACAAAGUUGAGGAUGACAGCGUCAUGGCUGAAGAGUUCCUCAAGGGGACUGGACCACAUGUUCGAGAACUCCGACCCUCUUCAACUAGAUUUUCUUAUUGGCUCGGCCAUUUUGAGGAAUCCCGGAAUGAACUCAAAAUGGAAUGGAUGAAAGGAAUACCUAUUUUAGAAGAUAAUAUGCAACAGCAAUUCGUAAAGUUAUUCUUGCGAAAGCUGGGAAAUGCCACAUACGACAUACCUUCAAUGCUUCGGCAGCGCUACGAUAACGUGUAUCAAGAUCCGAGGGAAGCUUGUGCCUACGGUGUAACGUGA